UCGAUGACUGACCUCCGACUCCAGCGAUGCUCUCUGCUCCUGUUUCUGACAUUUUCCAGUCAACAAUAGUGAAAUGUAUUUUAUCAGUGAUCAAGUUACUGAUUGGAAACGUUAGACAGAUCUUGGCUUUUCUGAACAUAUUAAUGUUUUAUUCAGACACUUUAUCAAUUUUUAUUUUGUGUUUUUUUGUAAAUAAUUUUCUGUGGUGUCUGGUUUCUGAAUAUGCUUUUGUAGAUCAAUAAGCCUCUCAAAGUUUUUUUUUUUUUUGAGGUAUAUCUGAAAUUUCUUAUUUUGUGUUUUCUGUAUGUUAUUUUAAAUGAGUUAAAUGAGUUUAAACAUUAAUGCUUUAAAUAUGAUUUAGCAUGGAUUUUAACCAAACUGUAUGAUGUGAAGUGAAUCUUUGAUUUUUGACACUUUUUGUUAUAAAAGUCUAAAACAUUGGUUAUGAAUUGAUGUUUACUGGAUAAUAAAAUGUUCAAAUAUUUUGUUAGGAUCUAAUGAAAAUUAUUUAGUAAUCUUUAUAUGUUAUUGAAUUAACGCUCAGGAUGUCAGGUCCUCUUAAAUAAACCACUUCAUACUUGUUGCAUUUUACUGUAUCAUACUCCAAACAAAAUGUGUCAUUCCACUACAGUUAUUUUAUUUAUUUUUUUUUUUGGUCAUAAAAUAAGAACGUACAGAAAUAAGAUAUCAACAGAAUAGACAGAUUUUUUUCAAAGUGGUAAAACAAAAAAUUUCAGGAAGAAUACUUUCAUAUUUUCAUAAGCUGUACUCAAACUUGUAUACAAUAUAAAUAGGACAAAUAUACUGUCCACUUUAACCAUCACUUUGAAAAUGUCUAAUUUCUUGGUACAUUACAAACUACUUAACUAUUAAAAACUCAUUUCAUGAUUCUGUAUCUGCACAUUUAUUUUUAAAUCAGCCUAUAAUCAUCUGCAGUAUACAAGUUAUGGCUUCAUACAGAUGUAGCUCAGGUUAAAAUGUGAGGAACUUGUGAAUAUGGCAAAGGACAACGAAGAAAAUAGACGUUACAAAAAAUAACCAUAUWUAAUUGGGAAAAGCACAACUGUCAGACAAGAAAACAAUGACAGCUGCAGAGGUGCAAUAAGAUGGUCCCUAAGAUAAAAAAAAAAAACGUGAUAAAGAACAGAAAAUCCCAUAGGAGAGCAGAAAUAAUUGAGCAGAUUAAGGAUUGGACACUGUAACCUGAUUAGCCUGCUAUUUUUGAGUAAGCAUCCCACUUGCCGUUGUAUUCAGUGUCAAAAAAUAACAAUAGGACAUGUAGGAAAUAUGACAGGAACAUGUCAGAACAUAGAUGAUGAGAUCAGGAGACACAGAAGGGGGAUCACCUUUCAUUUUUUUAAGGCAAUAAAACUUUUUUUUUUUUUUUUUUUUUGGUGGAGUUCUGGAAAUGAUUUUUUAGUGUUCAUUUUCUGCACUGCACCCACUCCAACUAGAACUAAUUUCAGUUUGGAUAAUAAAACCUAACCUGGUACCUAAUUUCCCUCUUAGAUCAAUAAAGUAUUUUUGAAUUUAAUUGAAUUAAAGACAGUAAUUCUCAAACUUGUGAUGCUUGAGUUCUUUAAGGCRCUUAAAGACUGUAGUGCAUGGGAAAAACCAGAAGGGGGCGAUAACAGAACUUAAAAGAUACAAACUGCCGUUAAAUUCCAAAACAGCAGAAGAAGAGUCCUUUCAGGCAGAGYUGAGGGUAGCUAUGCUGCCCUCUCGUUCAUUCAAUGCUGCUGUUUCUGAGGCUUUCAGCCAAACCGAAAAAGGGCCGUCAACACAGAAACAUGGCCGCCUCUGCAACGAUCACGAGUAAUAACAAAAACACGACGACAGACUCUCUGAACGGUCACAAAGAGUCGCUGCCGCAGUGUCAGGAAAUCAUAAAACCGACCAUCACGGAGCUGACCAAAGAAGUGAGGACGAACAUCCUCUGCACGGUGGAGGGAUGUGGCAAGAUUCUCCCCAACACACCUGCGCUGAACAUGCAUCUUGUUAAGUCGCACAGAAUAAAGGACUGUAUUGUCAAUCCCACGGUCAGAAAGGAGAUGAAAGGCACUCAGAAACUUUAUUGCUGUCCAAUUGAGGGCUGUCCAAGAGGGCCUAACAGACCUUUCUCACAGUUCUCACUGGUUAAACAACACUACAUGAAGAUGCAUGCAGAGAAAAAGCACAAGUGCUCUAAGUGCAACAAUGGCUACAGUACACAGUGGGACCUGAAGAGACACACAGAAGACUGUGGAAAGACCUAUGAGUGUACAUGUGGCUGCCCCUAUGCAAGCAGGGCUGCCUUGUUGUCACAUAUCUACAGAACAGGUCAUGAAAUUCCAAAGGAACACAGAGUUCCUCCUGUAAAAAAGCGAAAGAUGGAGAAACGUUUAAGUGAUUCUGAAAAAGCAAAGGUUAACGAUUCAGUUGUUCAGAUUGUGCCUGCUGCUAAGAAGUUGACAGAGACUGCUCACCCUGCUGAUUCGGCUGUAUACAUUUUAGAUCAAGCUAACCAAAACUCCAAYCCCCAUAGGAGUCUUCAGAAGUUGCUCCUACCAAAGCCCAGGAUGGCUUUGGUCAGCGUUCCUGUGAUGCAGUUGGCACAUCUGCCUGUCCUCCUUCCCUCUACAGAAAGUGGGACUUUAAGGUCUGUAGUUCUUGCAGUAGAUAGCCAUGGUUCUGUCAGCACCCUUCAGCUCUUGCCACAGACCUCGGGAGCAGUGGUACCCCAACUUGAUGGAAAAAGUUUGGCUUUUGAAAAUGGUAUGCCUGCUUCUCGCUCCAUUCAGGGUUCCACUAGCACAGGAGUGCAGGUUAGUCAGGACUCUGUGAGCUUAGACGACUCUACCAUGACAGGACCACAAGAAAGGAGCACCUCUACCAACAUUCAGACGGACAAAUCCCACAUGUCAAAAAUGCCCACAGGGGUUGGAGUUGGAGAGGAAAUGGGGUUGUGUUCUAUGAGCGAGUCUUCAGUUUCAUCCUGUUCCCAAACAGACAUUAGCGUGAGUGCCCAAGUCCUCCUGCCAGUUAGUGUAGAAACCCAGACAUUCUUUUCCCAAGCCAAAUCCACAUCAUCUGUUGGAGCUCAGACAGACAGCCAAUGCCUUAGCCAAAUUACUUGCCCCUCCUCAUCUCUGCUCCCAUACAAAACCAGGCAGACUCAGACAUAUUUUGCCAUGCCACAAUUGGAGGAGAGGGCUCAGGACCAGGCUGUUAUGUGCUCUGAUCUAUUUGAUAAUGACUCUCUUAGUGUUUCCACUCAGACAGCCCCUGAUAUAAAUGACCGCCUUAGUGCUGCAGGAAGAAAUAUCUAUGAAGACUCUAAAUCAGUAGGUGGUAUGUGUUUCAGUGUGCAGACAAGUGAGCUUAGUACAAACAACAUGGCAGAUAAUCAGACCCAAACAAUGACCCUGUUAAAUGACCUUGAAAACAUUCUGUCCAGCAGCAUGUCAGGACACCAAGUCCUCACAGAGGCCUCUGCAGGCUGCGAGUCAGGACCAGACUCCGUUCAGGAGCAGAACAAUGGAAUAGACUUUGACUUUGAAGAAUUCCUCAAUGCUGUGCACAUUCAAACACAGACUGAGGAGAGUGAACUGGGUGUGCUGGGUGGCGACACACCUCUGGAAUCUCUGGACAUUCAGACACAGACUGAUUUCUUCCUUAUGGAUGAUCUGGACCAAAGUGAGGGACAAAGUCGGGCUCAAUCCARUGAUCUCGAGCUAUUUGACACUCAAACUCAGACUGACCUCAAUUUCCUACUAAACGCUGGAAGUGGCAUGCCCUUGAGCAUCCUGCGACAUUCAAGCUUUUCAAUUAGCACAGAGUCCUCAGAUACUGAAACACAGACGGAUAUCCCUUCAUUUGCCACGGGUCCUUCCUCACACACAAAUGUAGGACAAGGUGAGCCUGCAAGGAUGCUGAGCAGCACAGAAACCCAGACUGUAACCAGCCAGGCAGAAGGCCUGGGACAACUUUUCCUUACCAGCAACGAAACACAAACUGUCAUGGAUGACUUCUUGUCAGCAGACCUUGCGUGGAAUAUGGAGUCACAUUUUAGCUCUGUGGAAACCCAGACGUGUGAGGAGCUUUGUGCUCUCUUUCAGCAACCUGACAAACCCAACAGCUGAAAGUCUCAGUGAAUUUUUCCUCGCCAACUGUCCCUUUGACCAUUCCACUGGGGUGUAACGUCCAGAACGUUUCUAAGUAUCUAUCCUGACAGCUUUGCUGCACUUUAUUAGCUCAGUGGGCAUGAUUUAUUAGCUCCUGUAACCGUUUACAUAUUUAUUUGCACACAAAAUAACAGUGUAUGUGUCUUGUCUGAAAUGCCACAUGUAUAUUUUGGUGUAUAAUGCAGUUUGGUCUUACUUGCAGUUCAGUUGUAAAAUGUUUUUAGCCAGUUAAAAAUUGUUUUAUUUAUUUAUUGCAUCUCAGUUGUACAGUCAACCAUAUUGUACAAUUUGUGUACAUAAAAACAAAUGUGCAAGGAUUCUUUACGAUCUGUGCCUGUGCAUGUGAUGGCUGUCUCUUUAGUGUUCAAAAAGCCGUUAAACUCAGAAUAAGCUCCAGCAGUCUUUUCAUGUGAGUGUGAGUAAGUUUUUCCAAACUAAGCUGUUGAAAAUAUAACGAGCUAUUGCUCAAAAUCAUUAUGAUGUAUCUGAACUUUAGAAAUAGACAUACAUUUGUGGCACAAGAAAAACUGUUUUUGCACAGCUUUCAUUUAAAUGUGAUUGUGAAAUUUCUUAUGGUGACAAAAAAGUAUUGUUUUUUUGUUCGUUUUUUGUUUUUUGCUUUUCGUUUUUCCAUCCAAGUCAGUAAGCAGUCUUGGCUAUCAAUGACUUUUACUUAUUUAUUAGCUGUGUGUAACUGUAUACUGUAGCAGCAACCUGUGCUGAAUGAAUUGGCAAUGUUUUGUCACAACUUAGUAACAGGGGUAGGAUUAGCUCUGUUACUCCAUGCAUUCACUACUUUAUCUUGUAUUUAACUUAGGAAUACCCAAUGUUUUUUCCCCCUUUCCAACUGGCUAAAUUUGACAUUUUUCUGUUAAACCGUUGGAAUUCAGUUACCUCAAAGGCAUCACAUAUAAACUAGCCAAGAGCCUUGUUUAUUUGUUUUUGUUUUAUUGGUGCCUUAUUCCAAGUAUUAACUUUAGUUCUAUUUGAAAUAAGUUGCUGCUUGAAGAUUUUUUUAUUCUCGAAAAUGUUUUUUUAAUGAAUUCUGAAGAAAAGAUACAACCCAUUUUGUUCUUAUGUUGCAUGUUUAAUCAGUUUUGUCCUGGUGUUUUCAACAUGGUUGCAUGAUAAGCUGGACUUUUCCUUGUUUUUAUACAUUUUCUGUGGAAAUGUUUGUUUUCUGUCACAUGAAGUGAUUGCUAUGCAUCAUAUUGUUAGAAUCUUGUUGGUUCUAUCUCAUUACUUUUAUGUAAAUGUAGUUACAUUCUGUUAAAGAUUUGUGAAAGUUGAAGAAUGUACAGAAAUUGCAGUGUCCAUAUGCUCAGCUUUUUUCACCGUAUCCAAUUUGUUAAAGGAUAUUUUCCUUACUGCAAGUUUUUUAGACAACACAAACUAAUGCUUAUUGCUUUGAGAGUUUCACUUCUAGAAUUUAAUUCUAGACAUUGCUGCUUCUUGCAGGUUUAGUUUAACAGUUAAAAGCCUUUCAAGCAAAAAUGUGAAGGUUUUGUUGGUCUUAAUUGUUAUUUAACAGUAUGUUUUCCCCCUCCCAGUGAGCAAGUGCAUGCACAUUUGUUUAGCAGAAUUUACUUUUAGUUGCCUGUAUGCAUAGAUUUAACAGUUGCCUUGAUUAUUUGUUGGAGCUACAUAUGUCAAUAAAAUGCUAUGAAGUGUU